AUGGCAACCACCACUACCACCGAGACCCUUCACUCCACAGAUGGGAUCAUCCUCCAAGCUUUGCCGCCAAAGGCAGUCUUGAAGGGCAGCAAUGACUCCGAGAGGCCUUUUGCGAAUGCCCCGAUUCUCGAGCCUGCGAGGUCGAGCAACGAUCCUUCGCCCCCCGAAGACGCCUUUGAGGCAAAGGUGAAAUGGAACUCGCCGCCCAUCAACAAGUACCGUGUCCUGUCGACGUUCUGGUCCUUUUUUGUUCUGGGCAUGAAUGAUGGUUCCUACGGUUUUGAAUCUUACUACAACCUGACCUACACCGUCGUCUCGCUCAUCUUCCUCUCCCCCUUCGCGGGCUAUACCAUGGCCGCGCUGGCCAACAGCGCAAUUCAUAUUCGCUUCGGCCAACGAGGCGUGGGCAUAAUCGCGCCGCUGUUCCGCCUCAUCCCCUAUCUCGUCAUCACCUUUCACCCGCCGUACCCCGUCCUCGUCGUCAUGUACAUCCUCGUCGGUUUCGGCAAUGGCAUUGUAGACGCCGCGUGGUGCGCUUGGAUCGGCAACAUGGCCAACUCGCAUGAAGUGUCGGGCGUCUUGCAGGCGUGCUAUGCUCUGGGGGCGACGGUGGCUCCCCUUAUCACCACGGCUAUUAGUUCGCAUAGCCGUGGCGGUUGGUGGACGUUUUACUACAUCAUGGUCAGCGUCUCGGCACUCGAACUCGGUGCCGGCACCACCACCUUCUGGACGCAGACAGGCGCCGUGUACCUGAGCGAGAACCCGCACCAGAAAGCCGGCGAGAAGGCCACCUCGGGACGGACACGGGAGGCGCUCAAGAGCAAGCUGACCUGGUUCUUCUCCCUCUUCAUCUUCCUGUACGUCGGCACUGAGGUCUCGAUCGGUGGCUGGAUCGUCGUCUUCAUGACAAAGGUCCGCAACGCCUCCACGUUUGCCGGCAGUGCCACGGCGACGGGCUUCUGGGGCGGCAUGACCGUGGGCCGUCUUGUGCUGGGCUUUGUCACCUCCCGGAUCGGUGGCUUCCGGGCCAUGCUCCUGUACCUCGGGCUGGCCAUUGCCAUUGAGCUUGUCUUUUGGCUUGUGCCCAACAUGGUUGUGACUGCUGUGGCGUCUGCACUGCUGGGCAUGAUCUUGGGCCCCAUCUUUCCCACGGCAGUGGUGCUCAUGACGACGGUCCUCCCUCGCUCCCUCCACAUCAGCGCCAUUGGCUUUGCAACAGCCAUUGGAGGCUCUGGUUCGGCUGCCUUGCCGUUUGCGGUCGGGGCCAUUGCGCAGGCAAAGGGUGUCAAGACGCUGCAGCCCAUUAUCCUCGCGUGCUGUGUCGUGAUGCUGAUUGUGUGGCUGUUUUUGCAGCGGCAUCGACCAAAGGACAAGGAGGUGGGCGUCAACUUGGCGGUGUUCAAGCGGUUGCGUGAGCGGGCCAAGGAGAUGCUCAACUGA